UUUGGCAGAUUAUCAUGCAGUUGCCAUCUCCCCCGCUUUGCAACACUCGGGUGGCGCUGCUCUCUUUGCUGUAAUGCGCGGCCGUGCUAGCGAGGGUCUUGAUCUAGCUGAUCAUGCAGGUCGUGGUGUAGCUGUGAUUGGCUUGCCUUACCCACCGUUUCAGGAACCCCGAGUCCGACUCAAAAUGGCCUACCUAGACGAGCAGCGUGCCACCCCCGGCCAAAAUCACAUAAACACUGGUCGGCAGUGGUAUAAAUCACAAGCGUGGCGGACCGUUAACCAGGCCGUGGGAAGGUGUGCGAAUCUACUUAAAACUUUUGUAUGCAUUUUUGGAUCAAGGGUUAUUUAUGUAGUAUUGAGCACCUUUGGAGCUUGCAGUAAAUAUUAG